AGACAAUUUCAAUGUGCAGAGUUAGUUCUUUGUUGAAUAUGUUAAAUCUGACAAAGAUUUAAUGGAUAAGUUUAGCGAUAAAUAGACCAUUAGUUUAUUGUUCCUUAAUGAACGAGUGUAUCUACACGAGGAGUAACGAUUGGCAAGCUAUUAGUGUACUGUUAUAUGAGGAUAACGAAACACCUUGAGCACAGGUGAUAAUUAACCGGAGGUUUUAUAAUUGCUGUCCCGAGGACAUCUAUGAAAGCCUAUAGCAGUACGUUUUGAUUUCAUCAACAUGUUUACAUAGUUGUGGAAUAUGAUCGGAAGUUCUUUACGAUGGUACAUACCAAUGGGUCUAGAAGAGCACUUCAAUUAUGAUUAUUUUUUAUUUUCACGUGUGCUUAAUUUUUACUACUUGUGUGUCAUUUGAAGUUAUAGCUGGUGAACAGUUGAAAAACAUAACAAUCGGAUAUUUGACUGUGGAUAAACGUAUACCAUGGCAGAGAGAUACUCAGGGAAGGGUUAUAUCUGGAGCUAUAUCAUAUGCUGUUGAUCUUAUCAAUAAUGAUACGACAGUGUUACCAGACUAUCAUAUACAUCUAGUGUGGGGAGACACAAAAGGAGACACCAUCACUGGGACAAAAUUACUACUUGACCAAUGGCGACAAGAUGCCGUAGCCUUUUUUGGUUUAGAGGAUAGUUGCAGCGUGGAGGCUAGGGUGUCAGCUGCAGUAAAUCUCCCGAUGAUAUCAUAUAAAUGUGCCGACCUUGAAGUUUCCGAUAAAUUGAAGUAUCCCACUUUCGUUCGGACUUUUCCACCAACAACUCAAGUUACUAAUUCUAUUAUUUCACUAUUACUACACUAUAACUGGAAAAGGUUUACCCUUGUCUUGGGAUUAUCACACAAACCACAAACUAUUGCCAAGAAACUGUUGGAACAGGCUAAGGUUUAUAACAUUACUAUCAAUGAUAAACAGUCAUAUAAAGACCCUCAUCUUCCCCUCACCUCAGGCAACCCAUUUCCAGGAAUUGUUGAGAAGACUUUUAUUGAUACGAGAGUAUAUGUGUUGCUCGGAGAUAUUAACGCUGUUGUUGAUCUAAUGACCAACUUAUAUGACAGAGGACUGCUAGAUACUGGUGAAUACAUAGUCAUAUAUGUAGACCUUGAUACAUUUGACAGCACAGUUCCGCUUAAAUACUUCAAAAGAACAGCAGAUAAUCCCCACCAACCAAGGAAUGGCGAUGCUGCAAGAUCACUACUGGUUGUCACCCUUAGUCCACCCAGUAAUCCACAAUACUAUAAAUUCCGUCAGGCUGUUAAUGAUUACAACGAAAAACCUCCAUUCGAAUUUCCAAACCCUUUUAUGAAACCUAAAAAGAUAACAGUAUACGCUGCUUAUUUAUAUGACGCUGUAAUGUUGUGGGCAAAAGCAGCUGAUAAUAUGACACGUUCAGGAGGAUCAAUUAAGGAUGGCAGAGCUAUCAUUGAAACAAUGCUAGGAAUUAGUUAUCAAAGUAUACAGGGUGUGAUAUCAAGUAUUGAUAGUAAUGGAGAUGCAGAAGGCAAUUACACUCUACUUGCUCGAGUACCAUAUGUUUCUAAACAUGCCAAUUUUUCAAUGCAACCUGUUGGACAUUUUCUGAUUGGAAGCAAAUUACCUAGGCUUUCUCUCUUUAAAGACCAUAACAUAGACUGGGUAUCUGGUAUGAUUCCAUUAGAUGAACCAGUUUGUGGUUACAGAAGGGAAAAAUGUAUUCCACCAAAUGUUUAUACACUUGAAAUUGUUGGUGGAAUAAUAGGCGGGAUUUUAUUAAUAGUCUUUAUUAUAAUAUUAGUAGCUUACAGGAACUGGAGAUAUGAACAGGAAAUUGCUGGUCUAUCAUGGCAGAUUUAUACACACGAUAUUAAAUCAACUCACACUAAUGGUAAAGUGUCACCAUAUGUUACUAUGGUUAACGCAGGUAGUACUGUUUCCUUAAACAGUAACCAAUCUUUAGAUUCCCGGAUGUCGUUCACUCAAGUAUAUAUAAAAACUGGUACCUAUAAAGGCCAAAUAGUGGCACUGAAAGUGUAUGAAAGUAAAAUGCUGCAUAUCAACAGAGACAUUAAAAAACAAAUGAAAAUGAUGCGAGAUUUACGGCAUAUGAAUAUCAAUCCGUUUGUUGGUGCUUGUGUUGAUACGCAUAAUUUUAUAAUUGUUACAGAAUAUUGUUUUAAAGGAAGCCUUCAGGACAUCUUAGAAAAUGAGCUUAUAAAACUAGACAAGAUGUUUAUAGCGUCUAUGAUAAAAGAUAUAAUUCAGGGUAUGAUAUUCCUCCAUAACAGUGAAUUGAUGUUUCAUGGAAAUCUUAAAUCUUCCAAUUGUGUAGUAACGAGUCGAUGGAAUGUACAAGUAGCGGACUUUGGACUAUUAGAAUUCAGAAGGGCAACCUAUAAAAAAGAAGAUGAACAUGCUUAUAAUCGAAAUUUGUUCUGGACAGCUCCUGAAUUACUGAGAAAUCCGAAAAUUUUUGGUUCUCAAAAAGGAGAUGUGUAUUCAUUUGGUUUAAUUUUGUAUGAGAUAUUUAGUCGUUUGGGUGUUUAUUGUUACUGCAAUAUGGAACCAAAAGAUAUAGUUUUAAAUGUAAAAAGUCUUCAAAGAGUUGAACCAUUCCGUCCAGAUGCAAAAUAUUUGAAUGCAGAAGAUUAUAUUGUGAAUUGCAUGAAAGAAUGUUGGGAUGAAAUACCUGAAAACCGACCAGACUUCAGAACCAUUGCAAAAACAUUACAUGAAAUGUGGCGAGGAAUGAAACGCAACAUAUUCGAUAACAUGAUGGCCAUGAUGGAAGCAUAUCAAAAUAACCUUGAGAAUCUUGUAGAGGAAAGAACCGAGCAGCUGGUCGAGGAAAAGAAAAAGACAGAAACUUUACUGCAUCGUAUGUUGCCGUCGUCCAUAGCAGAUCAGUUAAAAAAGGCAAAAGUGGUGCAGCCGGAGUCCUUUGAGUGUGUCACUAUUUACUUUAGUGACAUCUGUGGCUUUACAAAGUUGUCUGCAGAAAGUACACCAUUGGAGGUAGUGGAUAUGCUAAACGAUUUAUAUACAUGUUUUGACUCAAUUAUAAAGAAUUAUGAUGUUUAUAAAGUAGAGACAAUCGGUGAUGCGUAUAUGGUGGUCAGCGGUGUCCCAAUACGUAACGGAGACAAUCAUGCAGGCGAAGUAGCAUCGAUGUCGCUAGAACUUUUACGAGCAAUCAAAAAAUUCAAAAUACGACAUCGUCCAGAGGAAACAUUAAAGUUAAGAAUUGGAAUGCACUCAGGUCCAUGUGUAGCAGGGGUUGUUGGUCUAACAAUGCCAAGGUAUACAUUGUUUGGAGAUACUGUAAAUACAGCUUCCCGAUUGGAGUCUACUGGUGAACCCUUACAGAUCCAUUGUAGCGAUUCAUGUAGGCAGCUUCUUGAUAAAUUGGGUGGAUAUACAAUUACAGAGAGAGGUUUGGUCAGCAUGAAGGGGAAAGGAGAAUUAUUCACUUAUUGGCUAAAUGCAGAAGAUGAGAAAAUACGACAUGAACGAUUGCGACGUACAAGUCAGACAUUGAAGUUCAAUUCACCCUUAGCAAGAGAAAUAAGGAAUGCCUAUAUACCACAUUCUGGUCAGAAUUUCCGUUCUCUUGAAGAUAGUUUAAACGAAAACUACAGUGAUAAAGACACACAUUCCGAUCACAACCAGCCAACUCCCCUUAUGGACAUUUUAUGUGAAAGUGAAAGGAUUAAUUCUUCAGUUCCUCUACAAAAAAUUCCACAAGAGCCUAAAGACUCUCCUACAACAAGUUCCAUGAAAGCAAGAAAAAUAUUUCAAUCAAAACUAUUCAAUGGUGUGAUUCCUGACGAUAAAAAGUUUCGGCUACUUAAAGGUAGUUCUGGUUCAGAUAUUACAACAGAAAGAUAUGCUCUGAUGAGUGAUUUCCGCGACGACGACAGUGAUAGUGACCAUGUGUCAACUAGGCAUCAUUCCUUAGGAACAAGAAAUAACAUACGACAGCCGCCAAGCUGUGCAAUGUGUACGCUUCCAAAGUCUGUAAAUCAAGACAAAGACACAAAUGUUUAUGUACCAGACAGACAAGACAUUGAGUCAAGAAAUUAUUACAACAGUUUUGGACAAAAUGAUAAUUUGAUUGACCCAGAAACAAUAUUGUAGCAUUUGGAUCAUUGAAGAAUUACAGAUAAAAUUACACGAAAAUUGUAAUUGAUUAUACCUUUUGUUAAAAAAAAUAUUUGAGGGUUUAUACAAUGAUUGUUUAAGUGUAUAAUACAGGGGCAACUAUCACUUGCAUACCAGCACCAGGAUAUGAUAAUAUGUUAACGUGAUUUGAAUAUGAAGCCCGUUUUAUACUAAACCGACAAAUCGAGUCGGAAUUUUUAAGUGCUAGUUCAUAGAUAAAGGUUAGCAGAUAAAAGACAUGCCACCCUACUCGGACACAUAAUUCUGCCUCCAAAGCGCCGAUUGUUUAGGAUACUCCUAUAUUAUACUAGGGUGACAUUACCCUUUAACACAUCUAUCUGCACGUAAAAUGAUACCCUCAAGUAUUAACCAAUACAAAACUGUCGAACUAUUAAUAAUUCAGAAGACAUAGUAACAAAAUGUUCAGUAUGAUAAUUAAAUAAGGGUGAUAAGGCAGAUUGUAACUCCUCGUAAUAAUGUCGGGUUUGGUACGUUAUUUUCCGUGAAAACUAUAUGCUAAAUCAACAUCGCAGCUAUUUAUUAUUAUUUAGGAACACACCAUUACAAAUGUAACUGUAAAUUUCAUUUUUUCCACUUUAUUUUUGAUAUUCAAGCUUCGUUUUCGUUUGUUACCUUGAUUUGUCCUAAUCGAUUUAUGAGAUUUGAACAUCGGCACCGCUGUGGCCUAUAUUUAAGGUUGGUAAUUGAUUGUUGAAGAUCAGAUAAUCAUGUAUCAUUAAACCAUUGUUUUGAAGUUUCAAAUUCAACAUCGCCAUGAUGAAUUUAUUAUCAACAAUGCAUUUAACGUCGGAUUCUAGUUUUAUCUAGAAAUAAGAUUUUUGUGAUGAAUCAUGUAUGUUUGAUUUCAAUCGUGUUAUAUGGGUGUCUUCUUAGACUGAAUCUUAGUUCAGAAAAUAGUUAAUUUUACGAUGAUGUUUAGUCAAAUUCUAGGGAUUAAACGAUUUUCAUUAGAAUAAGGUAUACUAGGAUUAAACACGUACUCGACAUAUUAAUAACAUAGGUAACGAAAGUAGUUUUUGGCAACAUGGUCUAUCAGAAUGUGAACUAACCAAGGGAAAAAAGUAAUUUUAACAGAUCAAUCGCAUUCAAGUAUUUGAAGAUAUGCAGGAGAUGUAAGAAAUAUUUAUCAAUAAUUUUUCCUGCAUGCAUUGGUUUUGCAAUAGAACAAAUAAACCCGGUGAUAUACUGUUAAAUAUGCACUUUGUAUGUAAUACCAACACUGGACUAAACUGUUGAAAAACGUAUUUUAAAUUUCACAGUGAACUUUUUUUUUAAAUUUUGUUGAUUUAGUUGUUAUGUAGUUUUAUCUACAUUUUUAUUGAUAAAAGGCAAGGUACAAUUUAUUAAAAAGAAUAUGUUGUACUAUAAAAUAUCAUUUUGCAAUUUAAAUUGUGUGUAAUGUCAACAAUGUCAAUAAAAAAUUAGUGGAGUCAAGAUUUCAAAAGUCGUAUUUUAUCCAAGCAUUAUCAUUUUAUCAAGAUUUUUUCUCUUCCAUUACUUUUUUCGUUUAUUAAUAACUGAUUUGUAAAGUUUUCUGGUUUAUUUAAUUUAGUUCCAUCUGCAAAAUGAUCAACAUCUAAAUUUUUAUCGAUAAUUUCACAGGUCAAUAUAUAAGUGUAAGAUAUAUAUAAUGCUCGACAUUGACAAUAUUUAUUUGAUAGCAUUUUAACUGACAUUUUUAUUGCGCUUUCCGCUAAUGAAUUUGAAUUUUGUAAUUGACACAUUAGUGUUACUCUUUAAAUGACACUAUACCUCUUUUGUAACUAAUUAACUUACAAUAAACUGACUUUGAAUAUUGAUUUACAUAGUUAUUGCAAUAAUAAGAGAUAUGAUAAAAUAUUGAGUUAAGAAAUUCACCAAUAAAUGUGUGAAAUGAUGCAAAUAAUAUAAGUCCGAAAAACAUUAAAAAAUGAAUUAACCUUAAGUGCCACAUAUAUACCACAUAUAUAAUUAUUACCGUUUCCCUUUUUCCUUUGUUUUUGUUUAUCAUUAAGGUUUUGAAGUUUUUGAGAAACGCACUUUCCAUACAUAAAGAUAAAAAACGUAGAGAAUACAGUAAUGAGACAAUAAUGCAAGAAAACAAAACAUAAAGAAAAAACAUAUUUUAUGAAAUUUAAUACAUAUAUCAAUUGACUCGUAGAUUGCAUUUACCGUGUUGAAAUAAAUUGUGUUGUCAUUAUGAAUAAAAGGCGAUGCGAUGUUGGGUAUACGUUAAUGAAAAAAAAAAUAACGCAACAAAAAAAAUUCAAGAACAAACAAAAAGUUCUUACAAUAUUAUACCGUAUCAAACAAUGCUCACACUUACAACAAAGCAUGCUCAAAGUACUUUACGUGUUGAUAUGAGAUCAUGUCAUCCUACCCUCAAAGAUGCAUUCAAAGAAGUUUGUAUAUCUUUUUAUUAUUUGUUGCAAAAAACAAAUCAAUUUGGAGAAUAAUUUAACAAAAACCCCGUUUUCCGCUUUAACAAGAGUAACCGUAGUAUCAAACGUACUAAUCUUGAAUCUACACAGCUUGUCUCUUCUCUUGAUACGUGUACCAGGGGUGUGAAUAAAUCAACCAUUCCCAUCAAUGUACAGUAUUUAAAAUUUCUAUGCAACCCACUUUUGGAAGCAGGUAUAAAAAUACUAACCUACUAAUAAAACCUAAUCGAUAAAAUAUAAUCAGACACCAAAUCAACAAUAAACGUAGUAUUAAUCAGUAACCAAAUAUUGUUGUUCACAUAAAAGAAUGAUCUAUUACACGACACAUCAACAAUUCGUCAUGUGAUUGCGUUUAUAAAUAAUAAGUAGAGGUGAAAGUAUUUACGUAACCAACACUAGUUUAAAUGUCUUCAUAGCUACACUCGUAUCUAUUCGCAGACAAAUGUUUCAGAUGUUAUCGCGAUAAUCUUAUAAUGAAAAAAAAUUGAAUUGUCUUUCUUUAAACACAAUAUGCUUUUUGAUGUAAACUACACUAUGCACUUUCAAUAAUUUAAUUAAAUUAACUCUCAAUAUUUAAAAAAAAAUUUUUGAACAAACCUCUGUUGAGAAAUAGUUCGAGAAAAAAACCCAGUAGUGUUGCUUAAAAACACCGAACCUACAUUGAAAGCCAAGUUAAUCAUAUUUCACUUUCAUUGAGAACUUUAUGUUAAAUCCUGUUGCAUUAUACUUCCAUUAGGUAAUUGAUAUUAAGCCUUGUUACAUUGUAUAUUUCAUUCAUGUCAAUAUGUAAAUAGUAUUAUUAAUUGAUUAGUUAUUUGUAGAUAUACAUAUUAUUUAUAUUCCUGAGAAAUCUGUGAUAAUUUCCGACUUCACUGUAUAUACUACUAUCAUUCAAAAAUGACUUCAAUAUGUUGAAUAAUAACACGAGAAUCAAAAUUGAAUAAUAAAAGUGUAAUAUUA